AUGAGCUCGGUCAUCAGCUCAUUUCAUCAGGACACUCCGCGAGGAGGGUGCUCUGGAGAAGUCAAGGGCAGCUUCCAACCCUGGAACGAACGGUCGGGAGCGUCUGAGGCCAAUGUCCCGCGUGUUCUGUAUCUGCACCGCCCAAGUGUGAGAGCCACGGAAGAAGCCGAGCUGGGGAGUGCACCCCCGACUCCCCGCUUUCGCCUACCUACCCGCUCAGACCCCGGCUUCUCCGGAUCGCAGGAUCCUGGAAGCGGCUCCCAGCACCGACUCUCACACCCGCCGCUGGGCUCCGGCCAACCGGAACUCCCUCGCGUCACUUCCGGUCCGGUCCCCCGAGGAGCCCGCCUCCGAAAGAGAAAUGUUCCACCUUCCUUGAGGCAACCUGAGAGGGUCCUCGCGGGAUUUCGGUUCGGCUUUCUCAAUUCGGAUCCUGUGCUCUCCAAGUUCUUGGUUAUGGAGUAUUUGGCUCAUCCUGGUACACUCAGCUUGGCUGCUGGAGUUGCUUGUGGCAUGUGCCUGGGCUGGGGCCUCCGGGGUCACCUUGGCAUGUUACCCCAGAACUCAACAAGUGAGACAAAUAGAGACACCAAGACAGAAACCGAAGCAAGCAUUCCUGGGGAGAGUGGGGAGUACAAAAUGAUUCUUGUGGUUCGAACUGACCUAAAGAUGGGAAAAGGGAAGGUUGCUGCCCAGUGUUCUCACGCUGCUGUUUCUGCCUACAAGCAGAUUCAGAGGAAAAAUCCUCAAGUGCUCAAAGAGUGGGAGUACUGUGGCCAGCCCAAAGUGGUGGUCAAAGCUCCAGAUGAAGAAACCCUCAUUGAAUUACUGACCCAUGCGAAAGUGUUGGGACUGACUGUAAGUUUAAUCCAAGAUGCUGGACGUACUCAGAUUGAACCAGGCUCUCGAACUGUCCUGGGAAUUGGGCCAGGACCAGUAGAGCUAAUUGAUGAAGUUACUGGCCACCUAAAACUUUACUAGAUGAGCUUUUGUAUAGUGGUGAUUCUGUCUGAAAAGUAUGAAGCCUGUCAGUAAUAAAAGCUUAAUCCUUGCUCCACUUUAAAGUAUGUUUCCAUGUUCUUCUGUCAUGUACUGGACCAUUAAUAUCUUGAGUUUAAAAUACUUUUGAAGGGCAAAAGAGACGUUUCAGUGGUUAAGAGCAUUUGUUGCUCUCGCAGAGGACUCGGGUUCAGUUCCUAGUUCACAACCACCCAUAGUUGCAGUUCUUGGGCUUCCGACACCCUCCCUCAUCUCUUCAAUAACUAGGCACACAUGUAUACAUACAGGCAAAACCACUGUACACGUAAAUCUGAAGAGUAAAUGCACGCCUUUAAUCCCAGCACUUUUGAGGCAGUGAGUUUUAGACCAGCCUGAUCUAGAGAGCUAGUUCCAAGACAGCCAAGGCUACACAGGGAUACCCUGUCUCCAAAAAACAAAGCAACAAAAAAGGAAUAAAAAUACAUUGUUUAAAUGCUUGAAUGAUAGAUGCUAGAACAGUGAUAACAUUGGGUGGAGAGGGAGCCAUGUUUCCUGUGUAUAAUUAGGCCCCUUGUAUUGAUCACUCUUCAGUCAAACCAUGCUGCUAUUCCUGGCCUUUUUAGAGGACAUGGUUCAAGGAUCAUGGCAGUUUUUCCCUGCUGCUACUUUUUGAAUGUAUGAUAUAUCUUUUUUUUAAUUAAGAGAUCAUUGCAUAGACCCAUCAUGCAAUCAUAAUUCAGAUUUUAUCUAGCUGAAUGUUUUGGAGAUGGUUCAGGAGUAGUUAACACUGAAUGAUGCCACAGUAGCAACAGUUUCUAAACAGAAUGUUUAUACAGGAGUCAAGUGAUGCAACCACCUGUAACUGAGUUGAACUCACUUAAAUACAUGGUUAUGACUCAGGUAAUUUAUGAGACUUGCUGUAGACUAUAGCAUGACUCCACACUGACAGACUGCAUUCCCAGCAGGAUGUCUGGGUAGCUGAUUCAAGGACCUGUAACAGUGAAAAUUGUUAAUUCUGGUAACAAAUCACAGUAUUUGUUCACCUGUUCUUGAUGUGUAUUUCGUACACUCUAACCAAACAGCCUUCAAGGCAUACUCUACAGAGCCCAAGGAGUCUUUAUGUGACUGUAUAUUAACUUGAAUGAAAGGUAUUGUCUUUUCUCUAUCUAGUAUGCCCGCUGAUGGUCUGUUCAAAUGAGUAGUCAUAGCUUGCAUGGUCCCACGUUUAUAGUAGUUUCACUUGUCCUGAGGAGCAGUACUUUUUCCUAGCAUAUGUAGGGGAGGGGCUUUGAGAACUGCAGAAUGCAGGACAAGGGAGUCUUCAGAGGAGUCCUGGUAGGUUGCCCAUGCUUCAGUAGAUGGUCCAACAUACAGCUGUACAUAAGCACUGACUUGGGAGAAAGUGCGGGUGUUAUGAUCAUAGUAAAUUGAAAACAUGUAUGAAAUUCUCAA